UCAACUAAUGCCUGUAUGAUAAGGCCUCGUCUGUUUUAUCAUUAUAUGCCAAGUCAGCGUUCUUGUUCCAUUUAGAUUUUCUGAGCACUAUAUAAACCGAUGGAAACAAAGACUGUUCAUUCAUCGCGAGAGAAAGAGAUGAAGAAAGACAGGUUCUUGAUUCUAGUGAUAACUUUGCUAUUCUUUGUAGCGGAAAGCCGUGAGAUUGAAAAACCCCAAUACCAGGUAAUACACGCAGAAUCAGAUUUUGAGGUCAGAUUAUACUACGAAUCUUCAUGGAUGGCUGCUCCGGUCACUGAAAUCUCUUUCGAAAAGGCUACUUUGGAUGGCUUUCACAGGUUGUUCCAGUUCAUUCAAGGUGCUAAUCUGAAUUGGACAAGAAUUCCAAUGACGGCUCCCGUCGUGACCAGCAUAGUCCCAGGAGCUGGACCCUUUCAAUCGUCAGCCUACUAUGUUCUAUUCUACUUGCCUCUCAAAUUUCAAGCCGACCCACCAGUCCCCCUCCCUGAACUGCACCUGAAACCCUAUGUGCAGGGCAGUCGCUGCAUUGCUGUGAGGACAUUCUCAGGAUUUGCGAAGGAUGAUAACAUUGUCAAAGAAGCUAAAAAGCUUGCUGCCAGCUUGAGCAGAUCUCCAUGGGCCAACAGAACUUCCCUAGAAAGCAAAUCUGCCUACUCCAUUGCUCAGUAUGAUGCUCCAUUCCAUUUUAUCGGACGUGUCAAUGAGGUAUGGGCAGAUGUCAAUGCAAAUGGUGUAAACAGCUGUGAAUACAGUAAUAUAGCAACUUACUGAAGUAUUGUUGAAUCACUAGUUUGACAGUUUGAGUGCUGUGUAAAUGUACCAAGGAAGCCAGUUAAAGAUGCAUUGCAGUUAGUUCAGUUGCCCAUCUGUAUUUAAACACUGAAUACUCGUCACCCUAUGUAUUAUACUUCAGUAGAUUGUGUAUUUAUAAAAUAAAUGUGGUCCUGGAA